AUGCAUGCGUUAAGCUCUCGUAGUGAUAAAGCUUACCCACUAAAGCUUGAAUCAGAAACGAUUCCAGUUUAUUGCCACUUGACGAGCCUUGGUACGUGUGGAGACGGUGGUUGGACACUAGUUAUGAAGGUGAAUGGUUCUAAGAGUACUUUCCACUAUGAUUCUGAGAUCUGGAGCAAUAGGAAGGGAUUCAACGUUUCAGCGGGAAUGACAGGCCUUGAUGAACAAGAGACCAAGCUACCAACUUACUGGAAUACAAGCUUUACUAAAAUCUGUCUUAGUAUGAAAAACGGCGAGCAAGUAAACUUUAUCAUGAUUAACAAAACGGCUGACUCGUUGCACUCACUGAUUGCUGACGGGGAAUAUCGUAACACGUCAAUUGGUCGCGAUGCGUGGAAGUCGCUUCUAGGUUCCGACGGCUCCUUGCAACUUAAUUGUAAUAGAGAAGGGUUUAAUGCACACACACCGUUUUCUGGUCACCCGAAGGCAAGGAUUGGUAUCCUUGGUAACGAACAAAAUGACUGCAAUAGCUGUGAUUCCAGAAUCGGUUUUGGUACAGCACCGGACUCCAACACCUGUGGAAACGUGGCAGCAUGGGGAGCAGAUAACGGAAACAAAAAUAUCAAAGUCAUGGGAUAUAUAUUUGUUCAGUAA